GCGAGGGAUAUGGGAAGAAGAUGGGUUGGGCAGCAGAGUGAGUAAGGAGUGAGAGAAUUAGAUUUUUUUUUCAACAAAUUUUUUGAACCUGUUUCGCAGGUUACCAGUCAAUUUGACUUGUUGUAAGAAUUUUUAGAUAAAGAUUGUAUUAUUUAAGAAUAACUAAGAAGUUUGUUUAUUCUAUCCCAAAAAAAAAAAAAAAAAAAAAAAAAAAAGGAGAGGUUUGUUUAUUCGUUGCAAAUGAUUAAAAAGUUGCAUUAUUAAAAUAAAAAAAAUCCAUUUAAUAAUAGUAUAAAAUAUAUUCUCACACAUGACAUGAGAUGAUAUGAGGUAUUAUACGGGCCAACCACUAGUCUCGUCUCCAAUGGAUAUAUCGCGUAUCUCACCGCUGGCGCCAACAAAUGUCUCGCAAAGGCUCGCAUAGGAGUACGUUCUAUACUCUAGACUCUCGACUCUCGACUCUCGACUCUCGAGGAUAUACAAAAGCGACAUAGCUUAGCAAGAACAAGUAUCCAUGGCUAUGCCAUCCAUCUCCUCACCUUUCUCCCAUUUCAAUUUUUGUUUCGGAUUCUGCAACACAAGCUCUUCAACUAGCCGUUCAACUUUAAAGAUACAUAGUAAUUUCAAGGAAAGUAGCAUCCUUGAGCAACCGAGUAAGCUAGAUGAGUUUACAAAUGGAGAAGUACAGACAGCUUCAAACAAUGAGUCAACGGCUAACCAUCCUGAGAUGAGUCCGCGGCAAAAGCUCCCUCCCCUAGUUGCUGCUUUAAAAGCUGCGGCUGGAGAAAAUGCUGCAAGUUUCCAUUUCCCUGGACACAACAGAAGUAGAGCGGCUCCGUCCUCAUUGACUGAGCUCAUAGGUCAAAAACCCUUCCUUCAUGAUUUACCUGAGCUACCUGAGCUUGACAAUCUAUUUUCUCCGGAGGGUCCUAUUCUAGAAGCACAAAAGCAAGCUGCAGAUCUAUUUGGGGCAUCAGAGACUUGGUUUCUUGUAGGAGGUACAACUUGUGGAAUCCAAUCAGCUAUUAUGGCUACCUGCAGCCCUGGAGAUACUCUAAUUCUCCCUCGCAAUUCUCACAUUUCAGCAGUAUCUGCAAUGGUCUUGACCGGAGUGGUGCCAAAAUAUAUAUUUCCUCAUUAUGAUUGUGACUGGGACAUUGCUUCUGCUGUAUCUCCAUCAGAGGUAGAGAAGGCAAUCAAGGAACUGGAAACGGAAGGCCAAAGACCAGCAGCUGUUUUUAUUACUUCCCCUACGUAUCAUGGGAUAUGCAGCAACUUGAAGGAGAUUUCUUAUUUGUGUCAUUCAUGGGAUAUACCUCUAAUUGUAGAUGAGGCUCAUGGGGCCCACUUUGGUUUUCACCCACAGCUCCCUGUUUCAUCCCUCCAACAAGGGGCUGAUGUGGUUGUUCAAUCAACUCAUAAAGUGCUGUGCUCUCUUACUCAAUCGUCGAUGUUACAUCUAUCCGGAAAACUUGUCGAUAGGGAAAAAAUUUGCAGGUGCCUUCAAACCCUUCAAAGUACUAGCCCAAGUUACUUGCUUUUAGCCUCAUUAGAUGCUGCUACAGCUCAACUUAGGGAUAACCGAUUAUUUGUUUUCAACAAUGCAAUCCAUUUGGCAAUUGAGGCUAAAAGUAAGAUUGGACAGAUCCCAGGCAUCUCAAUCCUUGAUUUUCCCAACUUCUCUGAGUUUCCUGCCAUUGACCCUUUGCGGGUGACUCUUGGAUUCAAUGAUCUUGGUCUAAGUGGAUAUGAAGCUGAUGAGUUCUUAUACAAGGAUCAAAGAGUAAUUUCUGAGCUCAGUGGACCUCACUCCAUAACAUUUGCGUUUACUCCAGGAAGUUGUGAAGAGCAUGUCAACAGGCUAGUCCUGGGGGUCAAGAACUUGUCGUCAUCUUUCUUUCUGCAUUGGAGGAAGAAACAGGGAAUGCAGCAAGUUAAAGUAAAGCCCUUUAAUGAUAUCAACAUGCAACUCACUCCAAGGGAGGCCUUCUUCGCAAAGAAAACAAGGGUAAAUAUUAGACACACUAUUGGAAAGAUAUGUGGAGAGUUGAUCUGCCCAUAUCCUCCUGGCAUUCCAGUAAUGAUUCCUGGUGAACUGGUUUCGGAAAGAGCUUUAAAUGUCCUACUGCAAGCUAAAGCUUGUGGCGCUACGCUAAGUGGAGCUUCUGACCCAGGUCUGUCAUCAAUGGUUAUCUGUGAUGUUUAAGCAGGCCUUACUUACUUCUCAGAUGCAAAAAGAGGAAAAGCUGGGGGAUACAUCAAGUUAAGUGCUGUUCCAGUAAAAAUAAAUAGAAGAAUGCUAUGGCACAAUUGUAGAAAAAGAGAGGUACUAUGGAGCAAUUUGAUAAACCUAUCCUUUUUAGAAGCAAAUUCGGUUCCUUCAGCUGUUAUCAGCUACUCCAUACCGGAAAAGCAUAUAUAUUAAAUUUUCCUGGACCUGCGCUGAUCAGGGCUGUCAAAGUGAUCUAGAUUACUGCUAUGGUGGUCUAGGUCUAUUUGAACAAUGAUCUUCACUUUUCCCAUCAGGGAUCAUCUUAUUUCGGCUGUUGAGUUUUCUCAGAGUUGCAUUGUUUUUUUCGGCUGGUGUUGGUGCAAAAAAUACAUAUGAAGAAUGCUUCUUCAUCUGCUGAAUCUUCUUGUGGUCAACAUUCAACCCUUUUAGUAUUAACAGGGAAGUAUAGGUUGUGCACCGGUCCAAAACCGGACCGGACAGAGACCGGAAUCUGGAAAUUCCUAGGACUGGAACCGCUUGGGAGAAAAAUAUUUUCUUGGAGAAGUGAUAUUUUCAUUUUCCUUGUUUGAUUUGUGAAGGGUGGAAAAUAAUCCUCCCAAGAAUGGAAACAUUUUGUGAAAGAAGAAUAUGCCACAUUUCCUGCCUUUCUCUUCUCCCUUUCAUUUCAUUUUUCCUUUUUGCUGAAACUUUUAUUGUAAGAAGCUUGACAAAAGAAAACAAAAUUUACUACUGUGUUUUACGUUGGAAAAUGGUUUUCAUUGAAAAUCAAUUUCUAUUAAAAAUGAUUUCCGUCCAA